AUGAAAACUGACAUUCCAAAAACUGGACGCGUUCUCCCUACAUUUGCUGAAGCCCGUUUACCUGUCACUAUAAUGGAAACUGAUAUUUCAGAAACUGAACGUGUUUUUCCUGCGUUUGCUGAAGCCCAUUUACCUAUCACUAUAAUGAAAACUGAUAUUCCAGAAACUGAACACAUUUUUUCUGCAUUUGCUGAAGCCCGCUUACCU